CACUUGGGUCUCAUCUAUAGAAUUGGUACAUUGUCAGAGAACGGCAUGGCGGAAUAUCAUGGGCAGAGAUUAUCAGAUGGAACCCGCAGUCGGUCCGGGUGUAUUACCUGCAGAAUCCGUAAGAAGAAGUGCGAUGAGCUGCGCCCGGGGUGUUUUGCUUGCUGGUCUAGAGAGCUCCCAUGCUACGGUUUCAACGUACCUGCCCCCACUUGGUUCACGAGUACGACUAGUUGGAAAGAGGCCAGAGGUGCUACUGAAGCUGUCCGCCUACGCACUUCUGCAGAAGCGCGUUAUAGGUUGGUACGAAGACUCGGGUCAGGAGUCGGCAGUGUGGCCACCACGAUGGCUUCCGAGGUGAACACCGAAUUAAACAUCCGGGAAAGCCACAAACCUUCCACCAUCCCAAGAACGCGGGUCGAAUCAACAAGAUUUGGUAUGGGCAAUCAUGCACCCGACAGCUUUUCUCUAGCCAACAUAUGGCAACUCCGCCCAGAAACGGUGUGGUGGGACAGUAAACUCCGGGACUUGGCACUUCACCAUAGUUCUUCGUCAAACACCGAGGCACGGCUACUGAUGAUAUUCAUGGAGGUCAUUCAUCCCAUCACACACACAUUCGACCCUCUUGCCAGCGAAAAAGAUAAAAGCUGGAUGCUGGAACGUCUGUCGAGUAAACGAUCUUUGUAUUGCUCGGCUUUGAGUAUCAGCGCUUGCUUCGAGAACUCAUUGUCGCAACCUCCGAGCACAGACAACAUUGGAAUCUCAUCCACAGUCAGAAACCUACAGUGUAGAGCUGUAAAUGAGUUGCAGACACAGAUCGACCAACUCGUUCUUGCCAGGAAUGUAGCAGUGGAAGAAUUUGUCUGGGUCGGAAUUCAGAUCCUUGACGUGAUAGCACACCUUGAAACGCUUGAAAUAUUCAGCAUGUUUCAGGGUCACUGGGAAAUGCACCAUCACGCCGCAAGGAAAGUAAUGGACCAUAUCGAGAUGAAUGCCCCGACCGAGCAUCGCAACCGCGGGUCAGGAGGUAUGUCAGUUGUAGGGGCUGCGAUAUCCAGCUCACUGAUAGAUGAUACAAGAAGACGCUGUAUGACCUUCUCCAUAUGUAAUUACAUAUGGGUAGAUGUUCUUGCGACCUCUACCUUUGGGGCAGCAUCCUACGACUCGUGCGCUUUUGACUACAUCCCGCUCUUGGAGUCAAGGAUCAUUGAACCAGAAAAGAUGAUGGGAUGUCAAGGGUGGAUUUUGGCGAUCAUUGCGGAGAUCGUGAAACUCGAGCAAUGGGGUCUACAAGAUGAGCACGUGAAUGCGAGGGAAAAGAAUGUAAGGUUAAUUGAUGAGAGCGAUCGUCUUCGAGAACGGUUGAGAAAAGGUAUCAGAGAACUGGAAGAAGACCACCACCUCGAUGGAACAUCAGGUGCACAUGAAGACAUCAGGCUUGUCAGCGUCGUAUGGGCCUACGGUGCGCUUGUUCUGCUUCAGAUCACUGUUGAUGAUAUGAGAUUCAAUCAGCUCAAUAUCAAUCAGAAAUUCGUUGACCUUUGCCUCCUGAAGCUCGAAGAGUUGCCUACUCGCUUGAUUAUGCGUACAUCCUGGCCUUAUACUAUCGCAGGAAGCAUGGCAUUAAGCUCAGGUCAGCAUACCAGGUUCCGUCGGAUUGUUGGCAAAGUAAUGGAAGAAGCCCAGCCACCAGGAAUAUCAUGGAAAGGUCUGAUGGUCAUGGAAGAAUGUUGGAGACUACGUCGCCAUCACAUAGGAAAGCGAAUGGGAUGGAGAGAAGCGAUGAAAGGUUUGAAUGGGCGCGUGCUACUGACGUAG